UUAGAAGAUAGCCAAACCAAAAGAUCAAGAAAAAUGCGGAGCUUGAAACUACUAUCAUCCAAAUUCGCACCAAAAUUCAAUGAUCUCUCAUCAGUAAUUCUUAAAACCCUAACGGGAAGUAAAACCCAAACCCAAAAUCAACAACUGAGGUUUCGAUCUACAAAGAAAAAUGGAGAUGAAGAAUGGAAUGAUGCUUGGGAAACAGCAUGGUUACCAGAAGAAAAAGAAGUAUCAGAAGCAAAAACCAGAGCUCCAUGGGAAACAACUGAUGUUCAUUCUCAAUCAUCAGAAGAAACUAGUGAUGUAAUUCUUCCAUUAAAUAAUGGUUCUGUUGAUCCUGAAACUAAAGCUUUUGUUGAAGAUAUGACUGAUAAUUGGAAUGAAAGAAGAAAUAGAAACCCUAAGUUAUCAAAACAGAAGAAGCAACAACAAGAGAGAACAGAUAGUAGUAAUCUUUAUAGUGUUGAGAAUAUAAAAAGAGAUUAUAGGUUGAAAAAACAAAGAAUACAUUCUGGGUUGUGGAUAAAAGAGAUUGAAAAAUUGGAAGAAGCUAAGUUAAGUGGUGGUGCUGGUAGUGGUAAUAAUGAUAUUGAUAAAUUACUUGAUAGCUGUUCUGAGAUUUUUGACUCCACCAACAAUGAGUUAGAUGAUACUGAAAUUCCAAGUACUUCAGAGUUCAAAACUAAGCCAGACGGGUGGGAGACAACAUCCAAAACUCAAGAUGGGAAUGUGUGGGAGAUAUCUCAGAGAGAAGAAGACAUUCUUCUCCAAGAAUACGAGCGUCGAAUUGCGUACUGUAAAUUUCAGAUUGUGAGUUUUAUCAAGUCUCACAUAUUUAGCCGAAGACGACCUAUUGAUGGGUGGAGGUACAUGAUAGAAGUGUUUGGACCAAAUGCUCGUAAAGGAAAGGGAAGUGCUCCCAGGUUACCAAGUUUGUCUGAUGCGUCAACUCAACCUUACAACGAGGAAAAAACGUCAUCGGUGAGCAGCCUCUCCCCUUACAAAAGGAGGUAGUUUUUAUAGGAGAAAUUUUUUCAUACGUACUAUGGCCAGUAUGAUGUAUAGGAGGUGAUGUUGGCCUCCAUGUAUUACAUAAGCACAAAUUUGGUUUAUAUUGAAUUGCUUUAGUUGAUUAUUACUCCAAAUGGCGCAAAAGAAACUGUUAUUUUUGUUCUUUGCAAAUUAUGUAAAGGCUUUGGUUUCUUAGUCA